AUGGGCGCCAGCGGUUCCAAAGCUCGGGGCCUGUGGCCCUUCGCCUCAGCGGCGGGGGGCGGGGGCCCGGAGGCUUCCGGCGGGGCGGGAGCGGAGCAAGCUCUGGUGCGGCAGCGAGGUCGCCCCGUGCCCCCUUUCGUCUUCACGCGCCGCGGCUCCAUGUUCUAUGACGAAGAUGGGGAUCUGGCUCAUGAGUUCUACGAGGAGACAAUCGUCACCAAGAAUGGGCAGAAGCGGGCCAAGCUGAGGCGAGUGCAUAAGAACCUGAUUCCUCAGGGCAUCGUGAAGCUGGAUACCCCCCGCAUCCAUGUGGAUUUUCCUGUGAUCCUCUAUGAAAUGUGA